CACAAACUGUCUGUCAAUUUCACAAAACUUUUUGUUUAGUAAAUUUUCUAAUUACAACUUGAAUAACGCAAUUUUAAAGAACAAUAAAUUAUUUAUGAAAUAAAAAAUGAUAAACAUUUGUUAACUACAAAUAAACUACAAUAAAAACUCAAAGUGAAAAACAAACAAUGGGACAGAACCAAAGUUUGACAGAUUCUUUGCCGGAUGUGGAUAGUGUCCAUAUGCAGGUUGUUCGUCACACUAAAGUUUUGUCGGAAAUUAAUUCCUUAACUUAUGAGGAGUUCAAAACAUGCUUGGAUAAUUUAAAUGCACUUUCACGCAAAUGUAUUGAUCCCAAUGGCAAGCAACUAGUGUUUUUAGUUAAACGUGGUACAGACACUUCAUUGUUAUGGAAAGCGACAGUUAAAAUAGCAUGUAUAAAAGUGGACCCACAAACACGCCAAAUACAUUCCUAUAAAUUUUUGAACAUAAAACAAUUCUUAUGUGUAUUUAAAACAUUUCAGUCUCAUUUGGAAAGCUUAGUAAGAAGUGAAACCCAAAGGGACAUAAGGCGUGGUUCCCUAUCAACACCGGAAGAUGAGGACCAAUCAAACAACCAUGAUAUGACAAACUUGCCAUCGCAAUUUACGGCCUCCAUGUUUAUGAGUGCUUUGGGCAGUAGCACCGACAGUGGCAGCGACUUAAGUAGUCCAACGACAUCAACUUGUUCCCACAAUGAUCAUGUAGAUGAGUGCUCUAUAUGUUUGGAUCGUUCAACCGAAGUUAUAUUACCGUGUACCCAUAGUUUCUGCACUCCAUGUAUAGAGCAGUGGAAUGUUAAUAAUAAAACUUGCCCUAUAUGCUGCGAAACUUUGGAAAGUACGGAUGAUACUUGGGUUAUGUCAAAUAUACCAGGCGUGGAAGAAAUAAAUGAGAAAAUAUGUGCCGAGUUUAUGAAUUUGGCUGCUAAAGAGCAAUAGACAACAGCUACUAUCAGUAUCUUAGCUGGCUUAUAUACAUACAUAUGUACAAUAUAUGUAAAGAUAUAAAAGUAAAAUACUUUUAUUUGGAAAUUACCCAUAGCAAUAAUUUCAUUCUAAAAUGGAGCAAUCCCGUUGCAUUACUUUACAUUGUCAUUAAUGCAAUUAGUACUAGCUGUUUCCCAUAUACGGCGAUUUAAAACAAUGUUUAAUAAUUUGUAUUUAUAUAAAAGUUUGUUUUUAUGUUAUUUGUAUUGAUAUUUUAACAAUAUACAUAUAUAUAAAUUAUAUCCCAAAAAAAAGUGGACAACUUUUGAGAAA